UGUGGCAACAAACUACGUAGUUUAACACUUGUAUAGUGCUACACUAGAUAAUGAUGCAAUGCUUGUAUCUUUCAUAAUGUUACAAACAUAUGUUAUAAACACUUCGUAUUCGCUAUGAUGGUCUCUAUAAUAUCAACACAGAGUGGAAGCACAGCCUUGUUCUGUGCAGCAUGGAAAGGUCACUCAGAGGUGGUGAAACUACUGCUAGGAGCUGGGGCCAGAGACAUUCCUAAUAAGUCACGGAUACCUUCCAGCUACAAGUUUGAUAGCAAACAUCCAGGAAUACGAUUCUUUGGGGAUCCAUGGAAGCAGUCAGUGACAUCAGCUGGUGCACACAUCAGCUGGAAAGAGGAGAUAGGAGUGGAGUUUAAUAUCCCUCCCGGGGCAGUCCCCGAGGGCAGAGAGCUGGAUCUGAGUGUCUGGCCAUGUUUUGAUGGUCCAUUUCUUUUACCUGAUGGCUAUGAGCUAGCCAGCCCUGUCUUCCUCAUAUCUCCCACGUUUGAAUUCUCUCAAGAAAUAACUCUGACACUGUGGCACUUCUCUAACCUAGAAACUGUGGAGGACAGUGAGAGAAUGGUCUUCCUCUCUGCACCUUUCACUCCUCACACAAAACGGGCUGGCAAAAAGCCAGCAUAUGAGUUCAGAGUCCUUGAAAAAGGGGUUUUUGAGCCUCGCCAGGAUUAUGGCCAAAUUUCACUGACUCACUUCUGUUAUGUUGGUGUUGGUCGCAAGCGCAAGAAGCACUCGUCUCCUUCAGACAGUCCUCUUAGUAAAAAACCAAGGGAUGAAACAGAUGAAAACAGAUAUGUUUACCAAGUGUAUCGAGAGAUGCAGUUUGGAGAUAGAGCUAUUUUCUCGGCAUUCCUUGACCAGAAACUGUAUUUUACUGAACUUGAAGAAAAUAUUAAGAAAUAUUCCACCCAACUUUGGUCAACAACGUCUUCCGUCCCAAUCAGCAUUGAAGGGGACAGGGUAAAAUUGCAGUGGCCAUCCAAUACUGGCUGGGUGAUUACUCCCGAUAGAGAGCCAUGUGAAUUAACAAAAGAAAUGGUGGAUUCCCAUCAGAGGCAUCCUUAUCCCCAAAUGAUUAGUCUGGAAGUUGAGAAAGAUCAUACAUCAAGUACCAUCUCUCCUAUUCCAGUGGAGAUACUUGGGAUCCGGGGGAAGGGAAAACGGUUCAUAUUAAAGCCAAAACUACGGCAAACUGGCCUUAACCUACAGAGCUCCUUAUCCAGUCCGUCCCACACUCUCCAGUCUUCACAGAUGGUUUCUUACUCGUCCUCUCGUGAGCAAGCAGACACUGCUGGAGCAGGUGUGGAGCAAGCAAGACAGGGGCCGAGUCAUCCAAACCUGAGAGAUCUGCUCAACAACAUUCAUACCACCGAAUGGUAUAAGUUUGGGUUGCAACUGACAAGCAAUAUUGCAGAGCUGAACACAAUCAAGACCGAUAACAAAGGAGAUGCAAAAACUGCCCUGCAAGAAACACUUAAUCUUGUUCUUAGAGAAGAUCCAGAUCUGUCAUGGCAGAAAGUCGUAGAAGCAUUGCAAACUAUUGGUGAAGUAGCAAUGGCUCGAACAAUAAACAAAGAAUUUUGUUAAAAAUAUUUCCUCACUUAUAAUUAUUAUUCAUGUUUUAAUUUUAUCUGAUUUGCAAGCAUGGACAGCAACUGACAACCCAAACCUAUCAACUACAACAUCCACAGUCUUCAGGAUGUCUGGAAAUGUGAACAUCUAUAUAAGCUAUAAAACCAGUCUAAUUGUAAAGUGUGGGUUUAAAAUAAUAUGCAAACUUAACG